AUGUUCGAGGACUUCGAUGAUUACGAUGACUAUGAUGAUUAUCACGACUAUGCUGGAUUCGGCGUGCCCCUUCCAAUGACUGAUUUGCGAAGUACUCGCCUUCAUCAAGCGGUUAGCAACAACGACAUCGCUAGAGUCGAGGAGUGCUUGAGAAAUGGGGCAGACGUCAAUGUGCAGGAUGGACAAUGCAAAACCCCCUUGCAGGUUGCUGUGGGCCGCAACAUGGAAGAUGAAGACAUAAUCCGACUCCUCCUCCAAUACGGAGCAGAUGUCACGGGACACAGAGGGGUGCAUGGGAAUGCGUUGACCUGUGCUGCUGGCGGCAGCCCAAGGACUAUGAAAAUUCUUUUAGAUCAUGCAUCCGCCCAGAAGGACUUCAGCCUCACAUCCGCUAAUCGAGCACUAUAUGCGGCAUCAGAAAUUGGCCGUCUGGAAAUGAUUCAGCUCCUUCUAGCUCAAGGGGUCAGUCCUAAUGCCGAAGGCUCUAUGUACGGGUCUGCGCUUGAAGCAGCAGCACAGUAUGGAAGCGAAGAUUCUGUCCGGGCCCUCUUAGAUGCUGGCGCAGAGGUAAACUUUCAAGGCGGGUAUCAUGGGAACGCGCUUCAGGCUGCGGCUAGAUAUGGACAUCUGAAUCUCGUGAAGACUUUGCUUGAGGCCGGUGCCGAUGUAAAUGCCGCAGGUGGUGUCUAUGCUAAUGCAUUGACGUCAGCUAUAAAACGAGAUCAUCCGCUGGUUGUGGACUUGCUUCUGAAGGCGGGUGCAACGCUUGUUUCGGAAAAUGAGAGAUCGGCUUGA